AUUACGUUUCACCCCUUUUUUGACACCUUCAUCUAAACGAAUCACCACCUACUUCAAGUCGUGAACUCUUAUUGACAAUUCUUGUUCCGAUGACACCUCAAAAGAUGGACAAACAUCAUUGAUCGCAAUAUACACAACAACACCCGACAGCCCCUCACAACCCUUCGCCCAGCAUGUCGUUCAAUUUCUCUUGGCCGAAAUUCUCACGACAAUUUCAUGCCGAUGCGGCAAAAAUGCUCGAUGGCGCAUUAAAUAGAGGUCCAAAGCCAAAAGUGAUUGCAGAUGAUAUAAAAGUGGAAGAUAUAAAUAUGGGAACAAUUCCGCCCGAACUUGAAAUUUUGGAAAUCGGUGAAUUAAGUUCAGAAAGGUUAAGAGGAAUCUUUCGUUUAACGUAUACAGGAGAUGCACACCUUUUGCUUUCGACAAAAGUUCAAGCAAAUCCUCUCACUCGUCCUAAUCCUAGCGGUUCUGCAUCUCCCUUUGAAGAUGUUUCAUCGGCGUUUCCUUCUUCGACGACCUCUCGUGGGAUUCUGUUUGCUGCUCGGCCACUGGUUGUUCCGAUGCAACUUCGACUUUCUUCAAUGAGACUCAAGGCGAUCAUCGUUUUGGUAGUGUCCAAACAGAAAGGAAUUACACUUGUAUUCAAAAAUGAUCCUUUGGAAAGUGUAGAGGUUAGCAGUACGUUCGACAGUGUUGCUGUAAUUCAAAAGUACCUACAACAGGAAAUUGAAGGUCAACUGAGAGAAAUGUUUCGCGAAGAUUUGCCUGGCAUUAUACACAGACUCAGUCAGACAUGGCUGUCAGGUCGUAAGCGCAAAUCGAGCAAUACUGCUACAACUGCCCCGAUGAGACCGGUGGAAUCAGACACCUUCCAGCAACCUAGAGAUACACUCCCGACCGAUAAUGCUGAGAGCCAAAGUAUAUCCAUUCCAUCGAGGAAAGCACGCUCAACAGCAUCUGCACCGAGGUCGAAACAGGCAAAAUCUCCAGCAAGAAAGCGGAAAACAGAAAAAGCAGCAACCACCGCAACUGCAACACCUCCUUCCUCUCCUCCUUUGCGAAAUUCGACAUUCAACACACCUAGAGCACCAUCGCGAUCAUUCAGCUCUUCAGCAGCUGGUAAAGCACAAUCGACGAAAGCGACUAGCCCAUCAAUAUCACCCGUAGACCGAUUCAGCACCUCGCCCACAGGUAGAAAGGGUCGUGGACAGAGCUAUGCCGAUUUAUCUCAAUCCACCUCUAUUGGUUCUCUAAGUGGUUUUCACUCCGGAUAUGCACAUGACGUCGAGAAUUACGAUCCAACGUAUGGCCUUCGACCGGACGAGAUUCGUAUUUCUGCAAAUAGAAGCAAUUUCAGUGGUCUAGCACAACUGGCAAGACAAGAGACACGAGGGUUAGGUGACUUUGCUUCGUUGUCUCUAUCGGGAGACAAAGGGAAAGAUAAAGUCAGUAAGCCUACAUCGCCACCGCCGAUUCGCUCGCCAACACAUAGGCCCGAUUUCGAGCAAUCCAGUGAUGAUGAAGCUGUGCAACAGACAGACGAAGAAGAAGAAGAUAUUGACGAAGUCCGCGGAUAUCCUGAUCACGAAUGGAAUGAGUUUGAUGAUGUUCCUGACUAUCCCGACAAUCAUCAAGACUCUGCUAUACUAGAAAGCUCAGAUGCUGAUCAAGACAGUGAAAGCGAUGAUGACGUUGAAGAUCUGACACAAGAAUCAGAGGACGAAGUUGGUAACUUUUCUCGAUUCGGAUAUCCGCCAGCAAGCGCAGACUUUUCCAAUUCUGCUGUAGAAGAAAGUGCUCGUCAAUCUUCUUCAUUGUUCACUCCGUCAUCCAACUUAUCGGUUUCUCCGCGUAAGCCUUCUUCCUCAAGAAUGUCAGCCAGCGGCUCUAGAUCACGCUCUUCAACAUCUGGAGCGGGAAAGACUUCAAGGCCACCUCUUGUGGAAUACGAAACCAUUCCAGCUGUUGGAGGAGGUACGUUUGUACGUCCACGAAUUUACCACAAUGCCAGUCGCUUACAAGCACCUGACGUUGAAGAAGAGGACGACUUGGCAAGCUCGCGGAUGGUAGGUAGCACGGCCGCUAGUUCGACAGCAAGGGGACCUGCCAGCAGCCAUACAUACACAAUUCGUCCUGAUGGUGAGGAAGUGGAUGAUAGAGAUGAAGUUCCGCAAUUUAUGCAAGAGAGUGAUGACUACACAGAUGAAUCUCCGUCUGCAGCUGGUCAUGAAUCGCUCGUGACACUUGAUCCGGAUGAAAUGGAUCCUUCCUCAAUUGCUUAUAGAACGCAACUUUACCGUCAACAAUAUGGUAGAAUGUAUAGACCUGGUUAUGGUAGACAAUUAUCGAUUAGCUCGAACGAAUUCAGCAGUAGUGGUGCUUCUAGUCGACAUCCUUCCUACUCUCCCGACGAGGACAUGACUGCAAGACAGCGUGCAUGGACACCAGCCUCUCGCGCUUCUACAGCACCAACUUCAUCUCAUCCAUCUACUCAUUCUACCAGGCCGUCAUCUACUUCCCUUGCAGUCUCAUCAGGUGAUGGCCCUUCGAAGCCUGGUCAAGCUCCUUCCCAUCGAAAUCCUUCAUUAUCUGCAUCUAACUCAAGUAAUGCGAUGACGAUGGAUGCUUCACAUCAUUUCAUGGAUCUUGUCAAUUCCAAUCACACUUUGAGUCCAUUCACGCGUACAUUGGAUACAAAAGGAUUUGCCGUUCGUAGUCAUCCUGUGACACCUACGAGUCCGAGUGUUGUAAGUGGUUCGACAACUGGAAGUGGCAAUGUACGACCUGGAAUGGUACGUGGCAAUACUGCAAUUUCGCAACCGCAAGGUCGUUUGAACGCAUCAAUGAGAACACAAUCAUUUGAUACACGUUCUUUGGAUGGUCGCAGUGGCGGAGGAAGGAGUGUGAGCGGAACAAGUUCACCUUCGAUUGCUGGAAGUGCACCUGUAGCCGGACGAAGGAGAACAUUCAAAUUAGCAGGAUCCAACAAAAGUACAGACAAUACCCCAACACGAACACCAACGAUUCCUGCAAGCGAAGAUGGAUUCUCCAAUAGUCCUUCUCAACGUAUAGGAAAUCGAUCAAGUCCAUCAAUCGCAUCUACAGAACAAGAAUCGGGAAGUAUGUAUGAUGGACUUGAUCGUCAAUCAUCACGAGCAGGCAUGCCACACAAUCCCAGAAGCUUGUCUUACAAUGGAAAUGUUCCGGUGAGAAGGGCACCUGCUCCUGUCAGGAGAGGAGCAUCUUUCAACAAUGAUCAACCAAGAAGGAAACGAUUUGGCAAUCACAGCGGUCUUGCCAACGAAAUACAAACUCAUAACGACACAUUUAAUCGCAUGGGAUCCAUUCGAGAAUGAUAAAUAUACCCCCUACUCACUUUAUGAAAUAAAUUAUUUUUAAUGCAUUUUUAAUGAUAUCUUUAUUGUUCCCUUUUGAUGAAAAAUACAUGGUC